AACUUACCAGUCCUCUCAAACCGGUUAUUUUAGUAGCUAGGGAUUCAAAUAAUAAAAUGAAAUCGACGGCUAGAUUUUGGAUAAAUUAUUCGCACUUGACUUCAGUUCUGGAAAAUUCAUUCAAACUGCUAGAAGGGACAAUUGCCAAUAGUUUUUUUGAGUUGUAGGGUACUAUACAUACAUAUAGUUGUAGAGAAAUUGGAUUUGGAGAUCUUCUUCAAAUGAUUAGAAACAAUGCCCACCAGGACGAGGAUGAAGGAACUCCCGAUAGUUCUUCUCCCGGAGGAAAAAGGGAGACGAAAAGAGAUGAUAAGAGAGUGAAUGCUGUAAGGUCGAAACAUUCAGAGACGGAGCAACGUAGGAGAAGCAAGAUUAAUGAAAGAUUUCAAAUUUUAAUGGGGUUAGUGCCAGAAAGUGAUCAGAAGAGAGAUAAAGCUUCGUUCUUGUUGGAGGUUAUACAGUAUAUCCAGUUUUUACAGGAGAGGUUACAGGUGUAUGAGGGAAUGUCCCAAGAUUGGAGUCCAGAGCCCACAAAGUUGAUGCCAUGGAGAAGCAAUCCUGAGCCUGUCGGAAGCUUUAUCGACCAAUCUCAAUUUGCGAGGAACGGAACAGAUCAUGAAGAUAAUUAUAUCGUCAAUCCAAAAAUGCUUAAUCAUGCGCAAAACUCAUUGGAAUCUGACUCGAGUGGAGACGUCUUAUGCAAACCAACAGAAAGUCCACAUGUGGCAGCGAAUGACACAAUUCUUCCUAACAUUCCUCUGCAAUCAAAUUUGUUCGAAGAUGUAUCUUGCCAACCUUCUCAGGGAUCUUAUUUAGAUGCUGAGCAAUUGACACCUCAGUCACAAUCCCAAUUUUGGGUGGGGAAAUCAUGUGCAAAUGAGUCAUCCGUUCCUAUCUACAUUACAAAUGAGGGUGAAGAGCUGAAGAGUGAAAGUGGGGAAGCUAGCAUCUCAAGAACCUAUUCUCAAGGGUUGAACAGGUUGUUGAAUAACCUUACCAGUGCGCUACAAUCAUUUGGCGUAGAUUUGUCCCAAGCCAGUAUUUCCGUGCAACUUGAUAUUUGCAGACGUGCAAAUAGUGGUAGUACUGCUGCAAUCUUGAGUGCAAAGGAUCACGAGAACCCAUCUGGUGUUAAUUCUGCAGAUUUUGGGGAUAUUGGUGAGAAUAAUGUUCAUCCAUAUAAAAGGCUAAGGGCAGACAGGAGGUUUGGAAUGGAGUAAGAGGAUAAAUGUUUGGACAUCAAACGGUUCCAAGUCCACAUACAGCUCUGUCUGAACUAAAUGUACAUGCCUUUCUUUUUUGAGGUGCCCGAAUUAGUCUAGAAUCAGCUUACAUAUGUUUUCUUCUGUACUUGCUGGAUAAAGGCUUCCAUUUGAUUAUGUGAAGCUGCUUUUAUGGAGCUUUUAGUUUGGAAGUUUAAUUGUCCUUGUUUUAUGGCACUAAAAUUUCUGUAUAAUAAUGACUUCGAUGCC